UCUUAUUCAAACCUAUCGCGGGACUAGACGCGACUUAGUUUCCCAUUCAUGAUGGGACGUUUUCUGACGCUGUGUAUUGUUUUCAGUACUUAUGGGAUUGUGCGAGGAGAUUUGGGAUUGAAUCUUACAAUUCCUGGUCUUGCGAGUGGAGUUUCUGGAGCGAUCGGUCAGGGAAUGAUAAAUCUGAUCAAAGCUAAUGGAACAAUAAAAGUGGAAGCUGAAAUGGACAGUUCCGGAGCAUUAGUUCCGCUGAUCAACGUGGUUAACGAUGUUACCAGCCCACUUAACAAACUUCUAGGAGCUACCUUGGCAGGAAGUUCAAGCAAGAAGUCGAACAGUCAGGAAUUGUUUGCAGCAUUAUCUACCCACGUGAUUAAUACGAAAACAGCUAUUGACAAUGCGUUACAAGCGACGGAUGAUCUCAAAUUAACAGUGAGACCGACGCAAUAUGAUGAGAUCCGCAGCAAUGUUUCCCUAAUCCAAUCGAAUCUUCCACCGCUUCAAGAAUCAUUUACAGUGUUAAGUACCACCGUUUCAGUCGUACAGAAUUCUAAAGAACCAGUCACCACCGACAAUGUGUCAGAUUAUUUCACAGCAUCUAUUCUCAACGACUUGAUCAACCCGUUGUUGAACAUCACACGAGGAGUUGACGGACUGGCCAAAGUCGUAACUAACGUCGUGAAAGAUAAAACAGCGUCGAUGAAUGCUAUUGCUUCCAUUAACGGAACUGUUAACACUGGGCUGAGAAGCCUUGCCACAACAGUUGCCAGUUUUAACAAGUCAGUGAACGAUGCCGGUAGCUUUGUCUCUACUAACGCAAACGGUCUGUACGGAAACAUUGAACAGGUUUACACGCCAAUUACGGAACGAUCACAGAACUUCAAUGGUGGAGACGUCACCCAAGUCACUAACUAUCUCACGGAAGUGAAAGAUAACGUAGAUAAGUUCACCAGCAAUAUGUCGGAUACGUACAACCACCUCCGAGAUAACGUGACCAUUUUGCUGAACAGUCAAGUGGAUAGAGUAUCGAAGAUCAUUUUGGACACUGCAACCUACAUAACGAACACCGGCUACUCUUUCAAUAGUGAGGAUGGUGAACGUUGUGCCACCAAGUACACGGGCCAGCUGACUCAGAAUCCGCUGUUGACGAAUCGGCUGAGCGGUUGCUUGCAACCAGAGGUUAGAGGUUUCAAUGCGAUCAAUCAACUAUACCGGAUACUGCUGGACCAGACCCGUACGCUGGGCAGCUCCGUUGCGUCAACGGUUCUGGGCCGACAGUGCACUCAGGGAACGACCGAUUGUGUAGCUACGUACUUUGGAUAUCUGGGUAACCUUUCACAGCAGGUUAACGAGAAGCUGAAAGUAAACGUUCAAACUAUAGCUCGCGAAACGUUAACCAUUCAGCAUCGUAUUGGAGCAUGUACGAAGGCCAUCACCGCCGACAUAGCAGAUAAUGCUCGGUUGAUACAGAGCCGAUUCGACAGAUGUUUGAUCACGGGGAUUCGGAAGAAUAAUAGACUCUAAUAUACCAACGGCUGAGUUAGACAAUGCGACAUAACAUAGUGAAUAACUUACAUUUGUUUGG